AUGACCUGGCACGAUUUGGCCAAAAGAGCCACCGACAUAUAUGACAAUUCUUUGAAAAAGACCUUGGAGUUGUUCCCUCUUGACGAUGAGGCACUCAAGGAGUUUGAACUGCUUCCCUCAGCUAGAGGGAAAACCGUUGAGGACUACGGUUCACCCGCCAAGGUGCCCAUUGACGUUUUCAGAGAGAAAAUGCCAGAAAAGUCUCUCGCAAUCACGGAAAAGGAUCCCUGCGAGCUUCUUCAGGACCUCAAGCUGGGUAAGGUUACCUGUGUUCAGGUGUUGACCGCCUACUUCCAUGCUGCUAUUUUCGCCUCGAAACUUGUCAAUUGCAUCUACGAGUUCUUGCCCGAGGAGGCUAUGGCGUUGGCUAAAAUGCUCGAUCUGGGUGACAAAAACUUACCCUUGUACGGUCUUCCACUCUCGCUCAAGGAGAUGAUUCCUUUCAAAGGAAGAGCAGUCACCCACGGCUCUCUCUGCUACUUGGACAGAGUGGUGGACUACAAUGCAGAUAUUGUGAAUAUUUUGGUCAGCGCCGGUGCUGUGCCGUUCGUUCGUACCACCAAUCCACAGUCUUUGAUGAUGCUCGAGUGUGAAUCUUGGACUCACGGCAGAACGGUCAAUCCGUACAACUCGCUGUUGACCUGUGGAGGCAGUACAGGUGGAGAAGGUGCUCUUCACGGUAUUGGAGCUUCAGCUUUUGGUUUGGGUUCUGACAUUGGCGGUAGUAUCCGUUGUCCUAGUGCUUUUAACGGUAUCUACGGUCUCAGAUCCACAGUGGGCAGGCUUCCCAGCAGCGAUUACUUUUCAUGUCAGCUUGGCCUGGAGUCAAUUCUUUCUGUGACCGGUCCCAUGACCCGUUCUUUGGCGCUUUUGGACCUUGUCAUGAAGACCAUCACAGAUCUGUCUCCUUGGCUUGUGGACCCAUCGUUGUACCCUCUCCCAUGGAAAGCACCAAAGAAGGAGAAACUCAAAAUUGGAAUUUUGUAUGACGACGGCUUGGUAGCUCCACAGCCUCCCGUGGCCCGUGCUUUGAAGAUGGUAGCAGAACAGCUCUCCAAAAUGAGCAAUGUUGAGGUUGUUCCAUUCAAGCCGUACAAACACGACAAGGCCUGGGAAAUCAUCACAUCGCUUUACUUUGAAGACGGCGGUGCCGACACAAGAUCCACUAUGGAGCGUUCUGGUGAACCCAUGCUUCCUCAAACAGAGUGGAUCCUCACUGGCAAGCACGUCAAGCCUUUGGAACCCAAGGGUAUCUGGCUGUGGAACAUUGAAAAAGUGAAAUACCGUAAGGAGUACCUUGCCCACUGGUUGAGCCAAGGAGCCCCAGAUGCGGUGAUUGCUCCUGUGUUCCCUGGUCCAGCCUGUAAGCCUAGGACAUCGAGAUAUUGGGGUUACACGGCCCAAUGGAACCUUCUCGACUAUCCUGGCAUGGCCUUCCCUGUGACUACUGUUGAUCCUGAUCUUGAUGCUCCUGUCAAGGACUACAAGCCCAGGAACGAGAUGGAUGAGUUUGUGUGGAAGCAGUACGAUUCUGCUGAGAGCUUUGCCAAUGCUCCUGUAGCACUUUGUGCUGUGGGGCUUCGUAACAGCGAUGAAACUGUUGUUGAGGUGGCCAAGAUUUUGGAAAAGAAGUAG